UGUAAAUUCGAUAGUGCGAUAUUAAGUAAAUUCGUAUUGUCUAACAUAUGGUUUGCUAUUUCUUGUUAACACUUUUGUAAACCAAAAAAAUACAAAAAUGCGUUCUUUGGUUACAAAUAUUGCGCAGACUUGUGCGCCGCUGGUUUAUUUACCAUCGUGAAAUUUUUUAGGUUAGGAGUGGUGAUCUGAGAAGUAAGGCUAAAAAUGUUCCAGUCUCAAUUAAUUAAAACCGAUGUGACCGCUGUGAAACUGGUUGAAAAUUUCAUUUUAGCAGGUAUCGGCAACUUCUUACACAUUUUUGACAAAAAAGGCAACUUCAUAAAAAAACUAAAAAUCUUCAACGGACACAAAAUCCACGGUAUCGAAAUCGACGACACAAAUUUUUUCUUGUAUGGUGGCUGCUCCAUACAAACCCUAAAGUGUGACUUAGAUUCCCUCCAGGUGAAAUUUGUCUGCAACAAACAAAUCCAGGACUGGGUUCUAACAGCGCGAUGGCUACGAAACGGACUCGUUGGAACCGUCGUUAUGAAAAACGCACUUUUAAUAUUCAACGAAGAUUUAGUUGUGCAACGACAAGUCCUUUGUGGCGAAAAAUGCAUUCUCUACAGCGCCUUCAUAUCGUAUGACAAUGUAAACGAAUUGGUAAUUUUUUCUGGAACUGUGUUCAGCGAGAUACUGAUUUGGAAAGUAUCUCAGAACGAAGAGCGAGAUAGUUCUGUUGUGUUAGCCAAACUGAAAGGACACAAUGGAGUUAUAUUUUCGGUCAACUAUAACCCAAGCGUCGGGUACAUCUGUUCGUCUUCGGAUGACCGAUCUUCGAUUUUAUGGUCAGUUGAAAGUAAAUGUAUCCACACGGAAUUAGCUCGAAAAAGUCCAGAAAUAACUCUAGUUCGAAAAUUUUAUGGACACCAGUCGAGAAUAUUUAGGUCCGUGGUACUAGACGACGUACUGGUAACCGCUGGAGAGGAUUCUAUUUUGAACGUGUGGGAUUUUAAAGGGGAGCUUUUAAACAAAAUUACAGCUAAUCAGGGGGGACCUAUUUGGGCUUUCGAUUGUAGAAAUGGAAUGAUCGUGUCGGGGGGAGGAAGUUGUGGAGUUUUGUUAGCACCCAUCAAGAACAGCUUAAGUAGUCGCCAACUGAUACUUCCAAACAACGAAAGUCCCAAGCAUGUGGGCUUCGUAAGGGACGCUAAUGUGGUUGUUAUCACAGAAAGCGGUACCCUGUAUUCAAAUUAUGGUAACCCGACGGGACAGUUGGUACUAGUUCAACGCCACCAAGAUUUGAGUGGCUACUGCAUUUUGGAAAUUUCUAAAUGCAGGAAUUUGUUCGCACUUGCAGGAUAUUGUGGUGAAAUUUAUAUUUAUCAGUUACGCGAGACGAGUAUUGUCUUACUGGUAGCGUUUAAAACCGAGCAACCAUUACGCAUAUACUCCAUCCAUUGGAUAACAUGUCAAACGUUCCUCACUUGCCAACAAAACGGUCUGCUCAACCUAUGGUACCUAGAUAAAAAUCACCCUAUUCUAAUUACAACUUUCCACCUACCUGCAAAAGAAACUAAAGGUCUGUGGACCACCACAGCUUGCCAAGGCCCAAACGGAAAAUACAUCGUCGCCAACAGAAGAGGCAACAUCUUCGUCUACGAACUGAAGUCCAGCACACCCAUCCAAGUCUUCAAGAAAGUCCACUCUUUGGGAAUCACACAACUCCACUCCUACAACGAAAACAUGCUAUCUCUAGGACGCGACGGCAACAUCAACACCUUCCUCUGGACCGACAAAGGCAUUGAACACUUCUCCACCGACAAAGUCCCGUUUUCGUGGCUGCUGACCCUCACACCCGAGAACCUUCUUCUGGCCUUCUCCGGAAACACCUUCAUCGUUUGGGACUACAAAACCCGACGAAAACUACAAGAAUACGUGUGUGGUGGCGGCCACCGCUCUUGGGACUUCUGCAAAACGAAGUCUUCCACUGUCUUCUGUUUCGUGAAAGGCCGCACCAUCAAUCAAAUCGACUGGAACCACAAAUCGUGUCUUGAAGUGGUGUCGGAUUACCACUUCAACACGACAAAUUCAGUGGCUGUGGUGUCUUUAAAAGACAAGUUUGUGCUUGUUUCGGGCAGCGAUGACACGAAUUUGCGUAUUUCGGUCGUGGGGGACGAUUUUUUUGACUGCGUGAAGAACUUCAAGUCGCAUUUGUCUAACAUCAAAGCUGUGUGUGUACAUGGAUUGUCUGAUGGGGGUUAUUUGAUGUUCACGGGAGGGGGCAGAGGCCAGAUAAUUUGUUGGACUUUGAUCUUUCAAGAAAACGAACAGAGUCUGUGUCGCCAAGAAUACUCUCUUUACAAAGAAACCAACAAAGAUUCGUUGGAAUCUGAAAUCAGAAUCAUGGAUUUGAAGGUGAUGGAGACGGAAAAAGGGGAUUUGGUGUUGUUUGCAGCCGCUUCCGACGGAAAUGUUGACGUUUUCGACGUGGAAAAAGUCACAAGUAGAUUUGGUCUCCAGCUACGAAAAAAACUGUUUCGUAGAGUGAAGUGCGUGACUAAACUGUGUCUGCUAAGAAAACCUCUUUUCGGUGGUUGCGUUCUGGUGACUAUGAGUACAGAUGGUAAUUUUACCUUCUGGGACGUCUCGCGGGUUUUGGAAGAGGACGUCGCCCCGUUUCAGGUUAUCGGGGUUCAUCAGUCCGCAGUCACGGCUUGUUCUUUUCGUUUUAUUGACCACACUAGAGGACUUUUCGUGUCAGGGGGCGAUGACGGUUGUAUCGUGGUUAGUUUGUUUAGGAUCGAAGCGAACUGUGUUAUUCGUGUGGAGGAAUUUCGGGACGCUUUCUCUCAUUGUGCCCAGGUCACUGGAACUUGGAUUAGUGCGGAUUAUUUUUUUACGACUUCUGUUGAUCAGAAGCUUUUGGUUUUCCAGUGGAGUGUUGACGAAGAUCGGUUGUGUUGUAAAUAUCGCGCUAGGUACGAUUCCGCCGUUGCCGAUAUUCAGGGAAUGUCGUGUGAAGAAGACGAAAAUUAUUUUCACGUUUUUCUGUAUGGCAAGGGUUUGGAGUACGUCAAAGUUGCGAAAAAGACACUAUAGUGUACGCAGAUUGUUUACGAAGUAGGAACAGUGUGGUAUUUAUUUUUCAUUUAUGAUCAACUGAUGUACAAAAAUUGACAAAUAAAUAUAGUUCCUAAUUAA